AACCUAAGAAUAGAAAAAAGGCCAACAAAGGAUCAACAGAACCUAAAACGCUUUACUAUACUAAAGAUAUACAAUAUCUUGCACAUGAACCAGUACUUAAAAAGUUUAGAGAAUACAAAGUCUUUAUAAAAAAACUAAAUAAAGCACUCGGAAAACAACAAUUAAGCAUUGCAAAAAAUUUAGAAAAGAACAAGCCUGUUUAUACGUUAGACCAUAUUGUCAAAGAAAG